UGAUUCACCCUUCACUGCACUUCCGCCUUUUCCGAUUUCUGGCUUUCUGGAUCUGGUCCACGUCCACGUCCUACAAGCACAUCUUCCUCGUUUAUAUCUAUGGUUCUCUGUACACUGUGAAAUCAAAGUGAAGAUACUGUAGCCUGGGGAUCAUUCAAGAAGAUGUCUGACUAUCUCACAAUAGCAGAUCUAAACAAAGUGUACCUCGCUACGUUUGAAGCUCGAAUUAAGUGGCGAAACAUCUUGUUGAUGCUCGAAGUCUCUGCAGCUACAAUCAGAAGUAUCAGCAGAGAAUGGAACAAUGAUCCUGAUGACUGCUAUCGUGAGGGGCUGUUGGAAUGGCUGAAUGAAGGAGAGAGAAGCUGGCAAUCUAUGGUCAAAGCAUUGUCCAGUCCUACUGUGGGCCACGUUCACAUAGCCAGGACCAUCGAGAGAGAUCAUCUACAGUCUAGCAAUCCUACUGAUGUGAAGUCAGAAGUUGAUAAAGAUCGCCACAAGAUCAAUGAAGAUUUGACCAUUUUCCUAGACAAACGACUUGGUUGUGGUGCAUUUGGAGCAGUCUUUAAAGGCAGCUACAGAGGCGAUUCUUGUGCUAUCAAACUAUUACACCAGGUUGCUAUGGAGAUGCAAACAAAUAUUCCUGCCACCAAAAGUGAAGAUGCUAGCGAUGCCAUUGAUCGUGAGAGUGAUUUUCUCAAGUCGUUUCAGCACCCAAACGUUGUUCAGUUUUUAUUGACUGCUAAGCACCCCAAAUCAGGUGGUACAAUCCUCGUUGUUGAGCUGAUGGAUUGCAAUUUGAGAUCCUAUUUCUCCAACCUUGAUGAAGAGUCCCUCACUAGUGAAUGUGAAAUUAGCCUCUCCAAUGACAUGGCUUGUGGUCUGGCCUACAUUCACAGCAAGCAGAUCAUCCACCGUGACCUCUGUGGCGAUAACGUCUUGCUGAAACUUACACGAUCAGUGCCUGUUGCAAAGAUUUCCGACUUUGGCAUGUCACGGCUAUACGAUUCCUCCAAGCUUAGCUCAACCCUCACAACCAUGGGUCACCGUAGAGGGUAUCUACCUCCCGAGGCAUAUCGAUUGGAAGAGGAGAAUUACGAUAAUAGUCUGGAUGUGUUUUCCUAUGGGGUGAUUGUGGCGCAGAUUGUUUGCAAGUUAGAGACGGUCAAAUCAGCCAAGGAUCGAUCAAUCCAUGUUGCCCAGAUUCCUCACACACACAGGUUGAGGAAGCUUAUCGACAGUUGUUUGCAAGAAAACGUGAGGAGGAGACCAUCUGCCAGGGACAUCUAUGCUUCACUGAAAAGAGUCUCAGACCCAGUGGAGGCAACAAAGAGGGAAUCAAAGGACACUCAACCAGUCGAGAAGGGUCCCCCUCCUAGAGAGUUGAGACCUCCACUCACUCUGAAAUGGAGAAGAGGAAAAGACAUGCCAAUCGAAAUGACCACCUCGGUACAGAGUGUUGUUAUCGGUGACACGGUGUAUGUUGGUGGAGGUGAUGCAGACAAUGAACGUGACAUGUGUACAGUGAUGAAGCUCGAGCAAGAUCAAUGGACCAAACUAUUAGAGUACACUGCCAAGUGGUUCGCUAUGACAUCACUCGCUAAUCGACUAGUGCUGGUCGGAGGAUAUGAUACAAGAAACAAAAAAGUCAGCAAUCAACUUGCUGUAUUUGAGUCAGGGAAAUGGACUUACCCGUACCCACCAAUAAGCAUUGCUCGUUCUCACUCAACAGCUGUCUCCUUCAACAACCACAUCAUUGUAGCUGGUGGAUGGGAUGAUAAUGGACGUACCUCCUCUGUGGAGGUGUUGGACGUGGUAUCAAAAAUAUGGUACAUUGCUCAGUCACUACGAAACCUACUAUCAGUACUGCAAUCAACUCUCAUAGGAAACACCCUCUACCUAAUGGGAGGGUUUCAUCACACUGGGGCAACCAAGAAAGUGCACCACGUCGACCUCAAUGAACUAAUUGCAAAGGCCCGUUCCAACCUGGACACACCCACUCUCUGGAAGACCUUACAAGAAGUACCACUCGUGUUGUCAGCUCCUCUUAGUAUUGGGAGGUCACUACUAGCCGUUGGUGGACAGGACGACAUAUUGAAUCAAAGUUCGUUGAUCCAUCUCUACCAGCCUGACACCAGGAGGUGGGUGAAAGUGGGAUACCUGCCUACUGCACGAUACAACUGCACAUGCUCAGUACUUCCUAGUGGAGAGGUCAUUGUAGCUGGAGGACAUGUACAGACAAAAGCAUAUUCCGUUGACUUCUUGCAAUUAAGUUAAUUGUUUCACUUUAAUUUACAUUAUAACAAAUUUAAUUAGUCAAUGAUUUAUUAAUGUUUUUUCGAGAAAUGCUUUUCUAAUAAUUAUAUGCAAAAGUUG